AGUUGCAUAGAGUAACUCUUUAAAAUGUAUUUUAGAAAUUGCUUCAGCCUGAUUGAUUGCUUGACACUGGAUUUGCUCUUCGGUGAUGAGUAAAGCUUACUCGUUUCGGGGAAGGAAACAAGCCUGUUGUGAAAAAACUUACAACAAUUUUCCUAUUCACACACAACAAACGUGCAGAAAGUUUAGUGCUAUUCCCCGGUCGGCUUUCCGCUCUACACGUGAAAGGAUACAUUCACACGCAUUAUAUUGCUCCGCGAAAUGAUAAAAAUGAAGAGAAACUUUUCGGCCGCACGGUUUAAAGUAGAAGUACCCAGGGGUGUAAAUUAUGAGCAGUCAGCUUUUUUAAUUAUUCAGAUGAAACAAUUGGUACGAAAAUUACGAAGAUUUCGUUACUCACAAAGCGAAUAAAGUUCAAUUACAGCACAUACAAGUUCGCGUAUGUCGUUAGCCGCAAAAACAAAGGCAACUUUGAGAUCUUUUUUUUGUUAAAUACGCUAGUAUUUCGUGCCAGUGUUUGCGUGUGAGCUUAGCACGAUAUUUUCCAUCACGUGUGAUAAAAGUGGUUUAGCAUAAUUCUAUAGAAACAGCCCCCGCUUCUUACGCAACAAACACCGUCUGAUGAAACUUUCACAUGUGCGUCACCUGACAGUUUUAGCGACAACAGCUGAGCACGAGCCAAUGAGCGCGCGCGUUAGAAUGAUCUUAUAAACAACAAUCCAAUCAGCGACGCGUUUAUACUAUUGACGCAAUGUAUAAAGCUAUGAGUGGUUUUCCACUGAAGAAAAUUCGAAUUUAGACUCGCUGUACGAGCGGAGCUGUUACCGUUUGAAACAAGGGUGGAGUAGGAGAAAAUCAUAUUUAAAACCACCCAAAUACAGAUUAUUACUGGAAAUUCAAACCUUCAUCGAAUUGAAAUGUCGGACGAAGGAAGCCAGGAGUUCUUAAGACCAUAUUUCACGAAUUUAAAGCUAAUAGGAACUGGUGGGAGCGGAGCAGUGUACUCUGGUAUCGAUAGUAAAACGGACCGGCGAGUUGCGUUGAAGAGAGUUAACAUCCAAGAUCAGUCGAGCUGUAGAACAACAUUACGACAAAUAGAAGUACAAAGGAAUCUAGAACAUGAGAAUAUAGUCAAAUUACUGAAUAUUGUAGAUUGCGAGGGGAAAUCUAUUCAUAACGGGGAUGCCGAGAACUUUAAAGACACUGACUAUGUGUACUUGGUGCAAGAGGUGAUGGAGACUAACCUUCAUACAAUACUACAAAGCAACUCUUCGCUUGGGCAAGACUAUUCCAAGUUAUUUUUAUACCAGCUUUUGCGAGGACUCAAGUAUAUACAUUCAGCGAAUGUUUUACACAGGGAUAUUAAACCUAGCAAUUUACUUGUUGAUUCGGAGACGCUUAUGUUGAAGAUUGGUGACUUCGGACAAACGAGAGUAGUGGAUCCCGAAUUCGAUCACGAUGGAUAUUUAACCCACAGUCCAUCCACGCUUUGGUACAAGGCUCCUGAGCUAUUCCUCAAUUCUACCGGCUAUUCUAACGCUAUUGAUAUCUGGGGAGCUGGGUGCGUGUUCGCCGAGAUGUUACUGGGUAAACCCUUGUUCGAGGGAAGACACGACAUCGAGCAACUCCAACUUAUCUUAGACACGAUACCAGUUGAUAGCAAAGGACUGAAUAAUUUGGAGUUCGAUAUGAAGGCGAAUUUUGAUAAAAUGCUUUUAGACGGUCCCAAAGAGCCACUGUACUCAAAAUUCCAAGAUCUUGACCCAAAAGCUUUGGACCUUCUGAAACAAAUGCUGAGAUUUUCCCCUGAAAGCCGCAUCACUGCCGAAGACGCCUUGACCCACCCAUAUUUGGGGUUGUAUUCAUUCCCAGAAGAUGAGCCCAUUUCCCUUGCUCCCUUGCACAUCGAGGAUGAGGUAGAUGACUUCUCCGAGGACAUUCUACGCGAACUCAUGCUGGAUGAAAUCAUAAGGUGGCGCAGUCGCGAUGAGGAGUCCAUCGACAAAGAGAGUGAGAGCGUGGAAAAGGAUAUUAUGUCAUUGAAAGAGUUGAUGAGUUCACAAGAUGAGCCGCUUACUUUGGAUAUCUCGAUGUCGGGGAUCUACCGGGAUGAUCCUAUCGCUAAGUACAAACUACACCCCGAAGUUAAAGAGGCUCUUGGGCUUCAUUCCAGUAAAGAAGGGCUAGACACCCUAGCUGCUGCUGUAAAAAUCUCAAGAACGUUCAAUGGCGAGAGUGACAAAAAAUAUAAUGAAGAACACGAGGGGUCAAAAAACGACAAGCCCCAGCUCCGCGCUGGGAUGUCUAAAGUCAUGGAAAGCGUUCUAGGAAAAGAUUACAAGAAAAAUUUUGACCUAACAUGCAAAGCAGGGCCUUUAGGACUUUGCUAUCUUUAGUUUGAUACAGAGUAGAAAGUCAGACUUCACUGCCUUUUUGAACAAAAAAAAAAAAACGAAUAACUUAGCAGGAGUUUUAGGACUAUGUUAUCUUUAGUUUGAUACAGAGUAGAAAUCAGACUUAACUGGCUUUUUUUUUAAAGCAAAGAACUAACCAGGACUUUUAGAAGUGUGUGUUAUCUUUAUUAUUAUUAUCUGAUUUUUUAAAUUAUUUAAGUUUAACGUUUGCUUAUUUUUAACAGCAAGUUAUCAACAAAAAUAUUUUUGAAAAAAAGCUAAGAAGUAAAAGAGGUUUUAUUAGAAAAAAUAUAUAUAUAUAUUAACCAUCUUGGUUUUACCAAAGAUAAAAUUAUAGCGGCUAUUUCUAAAACCAAAAAACGUUUAGAAUAGCCUUUGAGCUAUUGCAAAAUGCUGGUUGAAUAAGGCUAUUAAUCAUAUUUAUUUAUGAAAAAAAUAACGCAACUGAUUUUAAAGUCCGCCGUUUAUAAUAAACCAAAAUAUUAGGUAUAAUGAGGUAUGAAUGGAGUGCAUAUAAAAUGAGGUAAUAAUGGAUUGGGAUGCUUGGCAGUCUGCUUGUAAAUAAGCUGGCGCUAUAAUAUUUAUUACAUGAUAAAGAAGGCGCUGUAUUUUUUAAAGAAUAAAAGCGUGGAAAACAUCAA